AUGAGUCAACUCGACAGCCCCGACCAUCCUGCAAAGGGUACCCCGUCACGAGACGAGGCGGCCAUCGAAGGCCUUGGUUACCAUCCAGCAUAUCGCAGAGUGUUCAAGACCCUCGGUAGCGUCGGGGCAGUCCUGUCGGUCGCUUCACCGAAUGGCGUCUUUGUCACCUCGUACUACCAGUUCGUGUACGGAGGGUAUUGGGGACUGUCGUGGGGAUGGAUCAUUCCUGCUAUUCUCAUGGUAUCGCAGCCACUGGCUGUUGCUGAGCUCUGUUCCGCCAUGCCUGUCAACGGUGCCUUUUAUUGGUGGGCCGCCGCCCUCGGCCCAAAGCGCGUGUCGCGUGUCCUGUCCUUUGUGGCUGGCUGGAUCAACUGCAUAUCACUCAUCACCAGUCUUGCAAGUUUCUCAUAUGCCGUUGCCAGCUCCUGGGCCGUCAUUAUCUCCAUGCUACAUCCGCAAUGGAUCCCUACUAAUGCUCAGAUCAUGGGUGUCGCCAUGGGACUCGUCAUUCUCUGGGGCCUUCUUGGUGCUCUUCGCAUGGAGAAGUUCACUUGGUUGUUUAUCAUCACCACUUCCAUCGUCGUCCUCAUCAACCUGACCUACGUCGUCGCCCUUCCCACCACUCAUUCGGUCCAAGACCGUCGUUUCGCUACUGGUGCUCAAGUCUUUGGAGAAUACACCAACUUUUCCCUAUGGAAUAAAGGCGUCGCCGUUCCCAUGUCCAUGUUCACUGCCGCCUGGGUCAUCACCGGAUGGCAGGCACCAGCCUUUAUCGUCGAGGAGACACAGAACGCCCAGAUCACAGCUCCGAGGGCCAUUAUAACCUCGUACUCAUCCAUCGCCAUCGGUGGUGCUAUAGUUUCCCUUGUCACGGCUUUCUGCACCUCGGAUAUAACUGCUGCAGCCACAGACCCUAGUGGCAACCCAAUGUUUAUUCUCGUCAUUGAUCAUUGGGGAUUAAAGCUUGGCGCUGCUUUUCUCAUGACUCUCAUGAGCACGAUCGCCAUGGGCGGACCUUCUCUGCUGUUGACCUCGGCUAGCCAGGUUGCGGCCUUUGCCAGAGACGGUGGCCUGCCGUUUCCUCACGUCUUUUCUUACAUCCACCCGAGGACAAACAUGCCUGUCGCCACCAUGGGCCUUCUUGUCGUCGGUGCUUUACUCAUUUUGCUCUUCUCUCUCUCCGUCGUGGCGAGGACCAUCAUCUACUCCCUGGCUGUCAUCGCCAACAUGAUGACUUAUGCCUUGCCCAUCUUCCUCCGUCUUACUUGCAGCCACCGUUUCGUACCCGGUCCAUUCAACUAUGGAAGGCUCAGCAAGCCCAUUCAUUUGUGGGCUCUCUUGACCAUGGUCUACUUGGUUGUUAUGGAAUGCUUCCCGGCGUCGCCAGUCUGGGAUGCAGAGUCUUUUAACUACAACUGGGCCAUUCUUUGCGGGCUUCUUCUUGUUUCUAUGGCUCUUUGGUUUGGCAUCGGGCCAAGGUACACCAAGUUUGAUUUGCAGAUUAUCAAUGGCCAAAUGCAGCAAAGAGGCCAUACUUUUAUCGACGGCCAAGUAGAUAACGCUGAUGAGCAGGGCUCUAGAGGCAAGGUGUCGCGUAAGCAUGAUGUCUAG